GCGAUUGAAAUCAUUUCAGCUUGACCCCGUGUUGCCCGCCACGCCACAAUCGUUCGUCCAUGGAUAUCAUGAGAGAAUCGAGGGAGGAGGGGUUUUCGUGAAACGGCGAUUUCUACUGCCCACAUCUGACGUUUUCACCAAUUCCCAAGACAGGCUGACUGACUGCCUCGCAGCAUACGCAUGCCGACUUGUGUGUCAUUCGACAUGGUCACAUCAAUCAGGCGUAGUCGCAUGCACCGUACACAACGAGGGAAUUGCGGAGCGCGCGCGCUGUUUGCGCUCCCGAGCUCUCUUGGUCUGGCUGCAACGACCCAAGACCGAUGGUUAACGCAGUUGGAGACCGAUUGUGGUGAAAAUCCAAGCUAUCGCCCCGGUUUCGUUCCUCCAGGCUCUCCUCCUUUCAUUAACCUCCCGCAGACGGACAAAUGCUCUCUCGCAAAGGCGCUCAUCGCAGUUCCCUUCUCAUGGCGCAACGAGAGCCGCCAAGACGGAAAUUACUAUCACGAGGUGGACUUCCGAUCUAUCAUGCCCGGGAUGCGAGGAUGUUAACCCUCGUGGACGAUUAUGGUGAUAGGAAGGCCGGCAACCUCCUUUUCACACCGGAUCAGAGGGUUUCCCUGUUUUUUGAACCAUUUCGCAACCUGUGUUACCCUCAUCUUCGGAAUAGGUAUCUUGCCGUGCUUAUCAGGUCUCCGACUCAGGGGAAUCUUGGAGGCUGGAUUAAUAGGAGGACUGUCCCGUUGGAGUACGAUUCCGAUCAAGACUCACGGCUCGUUCACGGAGAUGCUGACAGCAGGGACAGCGGUGGGGUGCUUUCCGAGCCGAAUGGCGAGGAUAGCGGAGAUGUUGAUAGCGGGGACAGCGGGAAUAGCAUUGGAGGGCCUUCAGCGGCGAAUGGCCGGGACAGUCCUAGAGAGGCCAGGCUGAUUGACCAGAUUCGGCAGCCGCUGACCGAAGCCCUGGAUCUGGUGCAUGAGAGAAUUGACCGUUGUGCGCUGAUGGGAGAGGGGGGUGCUGGCGGUGGGGUGGAGAAGGUGAAGCUCCUGGUGAGGCUCGGGAAGCUGCUGUUCUCGGUGCAAGGCAGACCAGAAGCUUCCCUAUCCAGGAUUCCGUCAUUCUCUGCUCAGAAGUUGGAGGAUCACUUGAACAACCGUGCACGCUUUAGGGUCCCCAUCCACAGAACGUAUGAGACUCACGUUCCUGACAGCAUCUACAGCCGAUUGGAAGACCUGCUGAUGAGAGAUGCUGGAUCUGCAUGUCAAGCUGCUUCUCCCAGCGCCUCCAGUGAAAAAUACAACAUUCAGGUGAUUGAUACCAAGAAAGGCAUUAUCGACAAAGCGGUGUGUAAAUACCUCACGGAUGAGCGACGCUUCCUCCUUAAAAAGGUGAAAUUGCUGCCCCUUCAGUAUGCAGUUAUUGACAUUGCAAACCCAGGCAAAGCUGUGGAUGCGCGCUUAUUUCUCACCACCGAAACACACCUGACAGAGCUCGAUGGUGACCUUGAUACUGAAAUUCAAAAGAUUCUGGAAUUUGCUCAGAUUGACCCAUGGAAUGCAGGAGGCUUGCACAUUCCACCUCAUAUGACUGAAGGCUACCAGGCCCCCGACGCCAGUACCAAUGGUCAUGGAGCUUCCAGUGGGGCAUGUGAAGGUAGUAGCAAUUGUAAUGGGGCUAAGAAGAAUCAUAGGGAGAGCAGAAGAUUCCAGAUCCGGGCUGUAAGGCAUGUGACUGUGAGACAGGCAGCGGGGGGAGGGAGGCUCUGGAAAUUUUCACGUGUUGAUGGGAUUGAGUAUAAGCAGGAGGGAGGGCGGCGGACGAAUGAGAUUGAACUCUGCCCAGUUGCAUGGCAGCAUGAUCUCAAGACUAGCCGUGUGGGAGGUGGUGGCAGCAUAGAGCAGCAGGCCCCUGCAUGGAGCACGGAAGAGAUCAUGGCGGAGUGCCCUGGGCUGCUGGCAUGGCUGACUGACAAUCUUCCAUCAUGAUGCUUUCUACAAUGAAUGCAAAUCUCCGAAUGAUGGACAGAGCGUUCUUCCUACAA